AUGCCGCCACCGGAGGGAAAAACAGGGGAUCUGUGCAUCUGGUUCAUUACCUGCAUUUUCUUGGUGUUUAUUCUCUCCGGUGGCAUCUUCCUCGUCAUCUAUAUAAGGCAGCCGGAUUCCGAUGAGAUCGGCUGGAUUCUCGCCACUGGAAUGGUUCUUAUCUCCAUUCCCUGGAUCUUCUGGAUCUUGAUCUGCUUGUAUCGAAGCGUCAUCCCCUGCUACAAGCAACCACCAGCUGAUGUGGCGGAUUCGCAAUUGCAUUCGCCCGGAGGAGAGAAGCGAGUGAGGUUUGGUGCGGCGACCGUGAUUGAAUUGCAGGAUGAUAGCGGUGUGGCGAACGGAGCGGCGGCGAGAAACGCCGAUGGUUCUUCGCUGGGGUCGCACGAGAGUGAGGUGCCCUUCGCUAUACCCAUCUCAUGA